AUGCACAAGUCAUACCAGCCUCUGAAACCCGUCACCAACCGUUACCUGCAGCAGCGAUGGGACCAGAUAAACUACGAAAACCACCGCAGGAAGGUGAACUCCGCCCUGCCUGCAGUGGACACCAAGGGCAACAGGACACCAGCUCACAUCCAGAUCAAGCUGAAGAAACUGCAGCUGCAGGAUGAGCGUCUGUCAGUCAUCGACAGAGACAAUCACCUCCUGGCCUCCAAACUAGCCGACAUCUUUUCCUCCAAAGGCCUCGUGGACCACAGGAACCAGUAUCACCUGAGGAGUCUGAAUGCGAACAAGAGGAAGCAGGAGCUUCUGUUGGUCACCCAUCAGAAUCAAGCCAUCUACCAGCGAAUCACAUCUCGCCAGUCAGAGUAUCACCGCCAGCUGUGGUUGGAUGAUUGGGAGAGGACGGAGCGUCGUCUGGACAACAUUUCUCGUUACCCGAGAAGGCCAGCAGACAAACAGAGGCCGAGCAGAAAGGUGAAGUUUGCCGCCGUGGAGAGCAGCGAGCCAUCUGCGAGCUGCAGAGACUCCAACACUGACAGCACCGACUGA